AUGACAAUGAAUACGACAGUAACAGAAUUUAUUCUCUUGGGCUUCUCUCAGAACCCAAGGGUGCAGACAAUCCUUUUCCUCAUUUUUCUCACCAUUUACAUCACAACCUGGCUGGGGAAUCUGACAAUCAUCAUGACUGUGAUUUUCAUGCCUCAGUUUCACACACCCAUGUACUUUCUUUUGGCCAAUCUGGCUGUCAUAGAUAUCAGUGACUCUACAGUAACUGCAAUCAAAAUGCUGUGGGACCUCAUCACCCAUAGAAAUACAAUCUCCUACAACUGGUGCAUUGUCCAGAUUUUCUUCUUCCAUUUUACUGGAGGAGCUGUGGUUUUUUUUUUAAUAGUAAUGGCUGUUGACAGAUACAUAGCAAUCUACAAACCACUGCAAUAUUUGCUUACUAUGCAUCAAGGAGUAUGUGUAAGUUUGGUGACAGGUGCUUGGCUGGGUGGCUUUGUCCACUCCAUUGUACAAGUAGCAUUAAUACUUCAGCUGCCUUUCUGUGGACCCAAUAUAUUGGACAAUUUUUACUGUGAUGUCCCACAGCUCAUCAAACUGGCUUGUACAGAUACAUACAUUACAGAGCUACUGAUGGUUUCAAACAGUGGAUUUCUUCUCACACUAAUCUUUUGUGUCUUACUUGUAUCAUACAGUAUAAUUCUGAUUAAGAUCAGAGCACAUGUGACAGAAGGGAAGCAUAAAGCCCUGUCUACAUGUGCUGCACAAAUCAUAGUUAUGAGCUUAAAUUUUGUUCCAGGAAUGUUCAUUUAUGACCGUCCUUUCCAGGUAUUUCCAGGAGACAAAAUAGCCUCUGUGUGCUAUACUCUUAUCACUCCAAUGUUAAAUCCAAUGAUCUUUACUCUGAGAAACAGAGAAAUGAAAGAUAUCACUAGAAAAUUGAUUAGAAAACUGAUGUCAUUCACAAUAAAAGAAUCUAAAUAA